AUGGACAUUAUUGUGUGCCACUAUAUGGACAAAGUAAUAGCAGGAAAAACUGAUGAAGAUAAAGCAAAUGAGACUGAAGCAACUAAAAGAGGGGCCGACGAGGACAUGCUUACAGAUGCUGUUGGACAUGGCACACUCUGGGAACAGCAUAGAGGAUUUUUCUUUAAGUGGAUCUCCAUUCCCUUCUGCUUUCUCUAUGUAACUGCCCUCUCAGGAAACAGCCUGAUUCUCUUUGCCAUUGUCACUCAGCCCAGCCUCCACGAACCCAUGUAUUAUUUCCUCUCCAUGCUGUCCACCACUGACCUUGGCUUGUCUAUAUCCACCCUGGUCACCAUGUUGGGUAUAUUCUGGUUCAACGCCAGGGAGAUCAGCUUUAAUGCCUGCUUGUCACAGAUGUUUUUCAUUAAACUUUUCACUGUCAUGGAGUCUUCGGUGCUGUUGGCCAUGGCCUUUGAUCGUUUUGUGGCCAUUUCUAAUCCUCUCAGGUAUGCCACCAUUUUAACUGACUCCAGAAUAGCUCAAAUUGCAGGGGCAAUUGUCAUCAGGGGAACAUUAAUGCUGACGCCAAUGGUAGCCCUUCUUAAAAGACUGUCUUUCUGCCGUGGCCACGUGCUCCAUCACUCCUACUGUUUCCACCCUGAUGUGAUGAAGCUCUCAUGCACAGACACCAGGAUCAAUAAUGCAGUUGGAUUGACAGCCAUGAUCUCUACUGUUGGUGUGGACUCAAUCCUCAUCCUCUUUUCUUAUGUUUUGAUCAUUAUGACUGUCCUCAGCAUUGUGUCCCCAGAAGAGAGGACAAAAGCUUUCAGUACGUGUAUCUCACAUGUUGGGGCUGUUGCUAUUUUCUAUAUUCCAUUGAUUAGUUUAUCCUUUGUUCACAGAUUUUGGAAACGGGCCCCACCCUAUGCACAUACUAUGAUUGCUAAUACUUACCUGCUGAUCCCCCCUGUGAUGAACCCCAUCAUUUACAGUGUGAAGACCAAACAGAUACGUAGGGCUAUGAUAAAAAUUCUCCAUUCGUCAUCUCCUCGAGCUUCAUUGCUUUACCAUCUAUAUAAUAAUAAAUCCAAAUUAAUAUUUGUAUUCCAGAUUCAUGUCUAA